CUCUCCUUUCUUUUCUACUGUUCUCUCCCUCCAAUUUUUUUUUUCCUUUUUUUUAUUUUCUUAUCUUCUCGUCGGGAAACCUCUUUUCUCCGCCGGAAAACCGCUCGUUCUCCGGCGAAUCGCGUUCGCUGUCGCCGGAAAACUGCUGGCUCCGUCAGUUUUGGUUCGCUCCGGUGUUUCUUGGUGAUAUUGUGGGUUUGGCUCAAAGGAGGUUUCUGGAUCUCCGAGUCUGAGCCCGUUCGGUGCUGUUCCCGGCUGUUUGCGAGAAUGUGGCGAGCCUGGUUCUCGUUGGAGACUCGUUGUUGGUUGGCCGUGGCUUGGAUCGUGAUCUAGGGUUUGGUUUUCCGGAUUCCGAUUCCUUUUCCGUUAGUCUGCGUGUUGUUUUGCUUUUCCCCUGUUUGUUCGGCGAAAGAAACGAAGACGGAGGCGUACAGAGAGCGGCUUCGGAAUGAGAUGGUGGAGCGAAGGGUUUGUUUAUCAAAAGAGGUUAAAAAUGGAUUAGAAUUUCUGAAGCGCAAAAGGCUUCAGCGUAUGAAAUCCAACACUGUUACAGAGCCUGUAAGUAUCAGCAAUAUGAUGGCUCGAAGUGGAGGGGAUGCUUUAAGAGCUUCAGCAUCUUGCGGUGUUAGAUUGCACAGUAACUCAUAUUUAUUUUCUCACCCCAAUGGUGCUUUAAAUGGGAAGGAUGUUAUUUCAAAGCGUAAGGUUGAUAAAUUCGAUACAAGUGAUCUGGAAUGGACAGAAAAAAUUCCUGAGUGUCCCGUAUAUUGUCCGACAAAGGAGGAGUUUGAGGAUCCUUUGGUUUAUUUGCAGAAGAUAGCUCCAGAAGCUUCAAGAUAUGGUAUGAUCAAGAUUGUUUCCCCCUUGACUGCUUCUGUUCCAGCUGGGGUUGUUUUGAUGAAGGAGAAAGCAGGAUUCAAGUUCACAACCAGAGUGCAACCUCUACGUCUUGCUGAAUGGGACACUGAUGAUAAGGUCACAUUUUUCAUGAGCGGAAGAAAUUAUACCUUCCGCGAUUUCGAGAAAAUGGCGAACAAGGUUUUUUCUCGUCGAUAUUACAGUGCUGGAUGUCUCCCACCCACAUAUUUGGAAAAGGAAUUUUGGCAUGAAAUUGCUUGUGGAAAGACAGAAACUGUUGAAUAUGCAUGUGAUGUUGAUGGGACUGCCUUUUCAUCUUCUCCUGAUGAUGAGCUUGGGUGUAGCAAAUGGAACUUGAAGAGACUGUCAAGGCUACCAAAGUCCGUGCUGCGUCUUCUUGAAACAGCAAUUCCGGGCGUAACUGAUCCUAUGUUGUACAUUGGCAUGCUAUUUAGUGUGUUUGCUUGGCACGUGGAGGAUCACUAUUUGUACAGUAUUAAUUACCAUCAUUGUGGGGCAUCAAAAACCUGGUAUGGCAUUCCAGGUCAUGCUGCUUUGCAGUUUGAAAAGGUUGUCAGGGAACACGUGUAUACCCACGAUAUCCUUUCUACUGAUGGGGAGGAUGGGGCUUUUGAUGUUCUGUUAGGGAAGACAACUUUAUUUCCUCCAAAUAUUUUGGUUGAACAUGGUAUCCCUGUUUAUAAGGCAGUACAAAAGCCAGGAGAGUUCAUAGUUACCUUCCCUAGAGCAUAUCAUGCUGGAUUUAGUCAUGGUUUCAACUGUGGAGAAGCAGUGAACUUUGCAAUUGGUGAUUGGUUCCCCCUGGGUGCUGUUGCUAGCCAGCGCUAUGCACUUCUUAACAGGGUGCCUUUGCUUCCUCAUGAAGAACUGCUUUGCAAAGAAGCAAUGAUUCUCUAUAUGAGUAUAGAGCUUGAAGAUUCCGAUUAUUUUUCUGCUGAUAUAGUCACUCAUCGUUGCAUCAAGACUUCUUUUGUGAAGUUCAUGCGUUUCCAGCAUCGUGCUCGCUGGUUGCUAAUUAAAUCAGGAGCGUGCUCUGGUGUUUUUCCAAAUCCUAAUGGAACUAUUGUAUGCAGCCUAUGCAAAAGAGACUGUUAUGUUGCCUAUAUCAACUGUGGCUGUUACAUGCAUCCUGUUUGCCUUCGUCAUGAUGUCAGGUGUCUUGAUUUGUCGUGUGGAAGAAAUUUCACUCUCUUUGUCAGGGAGGAUAUUUCAGAAAUGGAAGUUGCAGCUAAGAAGUUUGAAAUGGAAGCUGGAAUAAUGGGGGAGAUUAACCAGCAAGCUAAAAGUGGUGAUGGCCUCUAUUCAUAUCCAUCAUUGAAUAUAUCUAGCGGAAUUGAAGAUGGAUAUUUUCCUUACUGUACCAUAAAACCUGUGUCCAUCCCCACAUUCGGUGAUACAGCUCAGAAUGAAUCACAAGAGCUUGAGCCUGUUUCCCGUAUUGCACCCAUGCUGAAUAGUGGGACGAUAAGUUUAAAUUCUGAUGUGUCAGAAACUUCUACUUCUUGUGUCGUAUCAACUCUUUGUUCUUUGGCAGAGCCUUUGGAGAGUGCAUCCGCUUCCAACAAUGUAUAUGGUAACACUAGCUUUCAUACAAAGAAUAUUGAUUCUAGAAAGUCGUCAGAAGAACCGUCACGGAGUGCAGUUGAAUCUUGUCUAUCCUCCUCGUCAUGUGAUGAACACUUGAAUGCUUAUCCUGACAAUUUCCGUGCAACAAAUGCUAGGCCUGCUGUACAUCAAGACAGUGAUGAUUCUGAUUCAGAGAUAUUCAGGGUUAAGCGUCGUUCUACACAAAAGGUGGACAAGAGGAACACCAAUGAUGGCAAAAAAUCAAUGCAUUCUGACCACCAGGGGUUCAAACGACUUAAGAAAUUCCAACCUGAAGGAAGAACUGGGGGGGUUACUUCGUCAGAUUGCUUCAGAAUUGUUGAAUCGAAUUCUAAAUUAACCACCACUAAUCAUAGAGCUCCAGAGAUUGCUUUGGCAGACAGGUCCGCUAGAGGAAGUACCAUUCCCAUCUCUAUUAAGUUCAAGAAACUUACCAGUGAUCACGAUAUCAACAGACAGCGAGAGCAGCCGAGAAAGGAUAGGCUUCAGCUUGAAUUUAGUAAGAGCAUGAGGGAAUCACCCCCUAUAGAGAUCGGGCCGAAGCGCCUUAAAGUCAGAGGUCCUACAUUUUUAGGGUCAGAGAGCAGGUUAGAUUGAGAAAGGACUAUAAUUGGAUGCCUCCAUCAAGAAGUGACAGUACAAAGUUUUUGGUUGCCCUGCCCUCUGGAGCCAUCAUCUAGAAGCCUGACUUUGCUAACUUCAUUUUCUCUAAUGGGGUCCUAACAACACGGAAAAGAAAAGCUAAAGAUUUAUUCUGAUUCUGGGAGCAGUGACAGAUUAACCUUAGGUUAAGGAAAAUUCAUAUUCUUUGUGCAGGCCUCGAAUUGGGGCAACACGCACGGUUGGUGAUUCUUAAGGUUCUCGGGCCGAAGUAUUUUUCCGUCUUUGGCAGGAGAACCUUCCUGCAAAGUCUUCUUUUGAAAGUUUAGUGUUCGGAUUUAGUGACUUUGAUGUAAAUUUCUUUUUGUUACUAAAAAUUCUUGGCGAGGGAAGUGGGUAUUCUCACUCACCACUCGUUUCAGGUUUUAACGUUGCUUCUAGGUUCUUUAUUCUUUUUGUAGCAGGGGGGGCUCCUUGUACACCUUUGACUACUUGAAUAAAUGCAGAGAAAUAUGUCUUUUAUCUUCUA